CUGCUCGUCUCUCCCUUCAGACAAAGCCCGUCCCUAUCUGAUCUCCGACAAAGAUGUCGCCCCUGGAGUGCUCAUGAGGCAGAAGGCCCUCUGAAAGACUCUUGCGGGAGCAUUUUACUUCUUGCCAAGAUGGCGACGACAGCCAACAAUGGCGCAGGAGCUGGCGCGCCUCGCGAAUCACGUUCCUCGCAGCUCUAUCAGGAGGCCAAAGGCCAUCGCGCCAGGCUCAAGGAUCGGCUAAAGAAGCAAAGCUCUAACAACGUGAGCCAGCUGUCGUCAUCUCCCGAGGUAGACUUCGCAAGACGUGAGCUUCGCAACGUCUACUUGAAACUGCUCUUUUCGUGCACCUUCACCAGCCGUGCAAAGGGCGCGGACUCGAGCCUGUGGGCCGACACGACCUACGAGCUCAUCGCCAUCUAUCGAGCGCGCAUCUCUGAGCUCGACAAGCAAGUUCGAGGCCUCAAUGACGAAGCAAGGACAGGUGAAGGUAGCAAGGAAGAGCGAAAGAAGCAGGCAAAGGUGCAAAGCCAGAAAGCUUCGGCCCUCCUGCGUCUGCGCGCGGCCUUUCGCGAAUUCCUCGGCCAGGAAGAGGAGUGGUGGAGAGAGUUAGCAGGCCGCGUAGUCCGUGUCUUUAAUGUGGAAAAGGCAAAGCCUCGCCUCAUGGCCCUCGGCAUCCCAUGCGAGCCCGAUAACCCGGCAAGCGGCGAGGUUGGAGGUGCGCAGUCAGUAGCGACGUCUGCAUCGGCAACUGGCAUGGAUCGAAUCACGCUCGCUGCAAGAGACGAUCCGAAGCUCGUAGAGGCAGCCCAGAUCCCCGCAAAUGAGGCUCGUCUGAUUGAAAUGAUUCACAAAGCUCUAGUUUCGUGCGGCGAUUUGGCAAGAUAUCGCGAGCUCUAUCGAGACGACCGCAAGGACCCUGACGAGAAGCCCAUGGCUGCUGGACGGCAUGCGCCAGCUCGAAGGGGGGGUGUCGGCGGCGGAAGGGGAGGCUCUGCUGGUCGAGGUCAGCGCGGUGGAGCGAAUUCAACCAGGUCGAGUCGAGAAUCCUCGCCCAAGCCUCGCGACUACAGCCGCGCUGAAGCGGCAUACGAGCAAGCCCGCUUGUUGCUUCCCGAUAAUGGCAGCCCUUCAAACCAGCUGGCUGUCUUGGCUUCAUAUAAGGGCGAUGUGCUCUCGUCGAUCUACUACUACUACCGCGCCCUCUGUGUCAAAUCGCCUUUCGAAUCGGCCAAAGGCAACCUCGAAGCGACUUAUCGAAAAUCUAUUGAGCGAUGGCUUUUGCAAGGUCUUAUGCAGCAUGAAGAAACUCAAGCCCUCACCAUACCGCCCCUACUUGGGUCCAUUGAGGAGAGGACGACAAAGACGAUGCAGGACAUGGUUGUUCUUCACGGACUUCUCUAUCACCGUUGCCGCUGGGCUGCUUCUUCCAAGUUUGCUCCUCGCUGUAUCGAUGGCCUCUCGUCACUAUUGGUGGAUCGGGCGCUGCAAGCCGAUUCCAUCGUCAGAGUCGUUGUGACUGCCAUCGCCUCGCACUACACGGCAAGGCUUUGGAGGACACCAAAAGCACCUGAACUCAGCCUUAGGUCCAAAGACGCAGACACUAGUCGCCUCAUCGCUCAAUUGAACAACAAGAUCUCUGCAGCCGACGCAGAACACCAGAUCCUUGUCGUUGUCUUGGCCACGAUCCGCGUCCUUGUCGAGGUGGGCGCAUCCGAAACACGCGAAGCCCUCGAAAGCCAGAAACGGCAUCCUCCCAGCGGACCAGGCGAGGGAGGAAGUGCAAGCGUUGCUAGAAACAUCACGGCCGUUUUCCGGCGGACCUUGCCAGCGCUGAGGAUUGCAAGCAAGUGGCUCAAGAGUCACCUUGAGCACAUUCAACGGAGCGUGGACCAAGCUGCCAAUGACAGUCAGAAUUCGUCGAAGGAGACCAAUACCACAACGACGCAGAGCACGACGACUGACGAAGACGAGGUAAAAGCCCGACUGAUGAUUGACGCUGCCCUGAUCGAUGCGACGAGGAGGCUAUGGGUUUCAUACGUCGAUUUCGUCAACAUCAUCCGCUUCGCUUUUCCCUUUGAUGCUCUGCCCUCAUUGGGUACCGUCGGUCAAUCCGGCGCCACCCCUCUUGCACUCGAGGAGGAUAGCGAUAUGAGCGGCUUCGCGCCCAUGCGCAAGGCCAUGCUUGCCGUCGAAGCAAAUCCUUCCACGUCCUCCGAAGGUGUUUCGAACGCUGCCAGACCUGCGACCGCGCAAAUAAAGACUAUGCAUCCCAACGAGGAGCAUUUGAUCCGAAUUGCUGACAUCCUCAUCGAUGCAAAGGUCGUAGCAGAGAGCGAAGACAGCCCGAUUGCAUUCGAGGACGAGAACAACACCUUCGUCGUCUCAUCCUCGCUACACUCGCAACUUCAGUCAUCGAUUGGAGGAGCAGGGACCUCUACCAUGGGACGCUCGAGCGUCAUUGACUCGGCUCUCCUCGGUGAGACGAGCAACAGUAGCAGUGGAAGCCAUGGCGACAUACCUCUUCGGAGCGAGCAGCAGACGACACUAGCAGGUGCCAGGGCGACCAACGAUGAUGAGAAGAGUGAAAUCGCGAGCGAAUCGACAGAAGAUGUCGUCGAACUCGCUAUGAGGGCCGUUGAUGAAAGGCGAAGGACACUUGCCUCUAAUGAUGACGACGAUGACGAUGCUGAUGACGAUGAUGAUGAUGAUGGCGAGGUGAUCUUGAUUCCUUCGAGCGCCAGAACGAAAAAGACUUCGACGGCAGCAGAGGCCGUCACAACAGGCACGCUCGCAGGACGUGGACCUCUGACGAGAGCACAGGAGCAGAAAGAGGCAAGAAAGGAGUUGAGGGGCGAUGACGAUGAUGGAAUGGAGCCCAGAACUCCUGGUUCAAGAGCGAGUGGUCAAUUUACACUCAUCGACAAGAGGACCGAUACGCCACCAUCAGGGCAGCAACAGUCACCACCGCCGCCAAUGACGGCCCAGAACUUACUCCUGCAGGUCCUCAAUGGACCGGGGCCCAUUCGGAACGACGAGAAUGGCCUCAAUCAGCCACCGCUGCCGCCUUCGCCCAUCGGUGUACCGCCCGGGUUUCCAAUGGGGAUGGGUGCCGCAAUCGCUGGCAGCGGAAGCGGGCUACCGUCGACUCAGUCCAAUCUCUUUUAUGGAGGCAUUCAGACCCCCCAUCACCACUUUGCCCAGCAACCCUCUUUCAAUGCGGCAGCUGGAGGCGGCAGUGGUGGAUCUUCCUCUUCUCCACUUCGAGGAGCAUGGGACGCAAAUGAUGCGGCGCACUUUAUCUCGUCGGCUCGGCAGGGCCAGAGUCAGAGUCAGGGCGCGAGCCUUUGGGGAGGUGGGCCUGCUGCGUUUGGUUCCGUAGGUGCGCUGGGGCCACCCUAUUCGCCAAUGGGCCCUUCGCAGCAUCUCAACCAGCAGCAGCAGCAACCAUCGUCCAUCACUCCUUCGAGCUCGUCCUCCCCGUCUUUUGGAGUGGGCCCUAGUGGUCAGCUGCCGCGGCCUCACGGCUUGCACUCACAUACCAAUUCGUCAUCGCCCUUUUCGCCUCCGCAAGCUCAGCCGUCAGCUUCCCAGCAACAGCAACAGUCGAGCCCAUUCGGCUGGGAUCAGCAACCACAAGCGUAUGCAAAGUGGUGAAGAGCCAGCAAGGCCGAAUCGUUGCCAACAAAGUGGAAAGUAGAGUAGACCUAUCAGUCCCGGCCUUUCACUUACUCUCCAUCAAUCUGCCCCACUCAAUGAGACUGGACACUAUUGUCGUUCUGGCUGUUCUCGUCUUGAGAGAGAAGAUUUGAAUGGAAUGGAAGUGGUUGUCUUUGUUUUACAAUGUGAAGGAAAAGAGAGAAAGGAACAGUCUACUAUUGCUGCUGUUGCUGUUGCUGAAGCUUCUGCCGCUUCGCCGCCCGGUUGGCAUUGGCCGUUGCAGUUCCAACCAACCCUCCUCUGGCUGUGGCGUUUCCGCCAGCGCCACUGCCGCCGUUAGCACCCGUCCCAUUACCACCACCAGCUGUAUUGGCAGCCAGUACGGUUGAGGGAGUCGAUGACGAGGCCGAAGCUGGUCCGACGAGGCUGCUGCUGCCGGGGUGAAAGG